AUGCCGUCUCAACCGAGAGUUACCGGUUCUAGUUCUAACACAUUUCAGGCCUCAGUGAACCCGAAUGCGCCUGAGUUCCAACCAGCUGUUCGUCAACAAACUCAAAACUACCACGCGUCGCACGGUGAUCGUGCCCAAACACACCAGGUGCUCUUAGCUACAGCAGUUGUCAAAGCGCGAGCCACAGAUGGAAGAAUUCGUUUACUACGGGCCCUGGUUGAUACAGGGUCAGAAACGUCUUUCAUAACAGAAGCUGCUGCUCGUCUGCUGAAGUUGGAAAAGCGACGUGCCAUUGUUGAGGUAUCGGGGUUGGGGUUGGUCAGCAGCGGCACAACACAGCAUACCGUCGAAGUGCAUUUUGCUUCUCGCCAUUCGACGUUUGAAACUGCCACACAGGCAUUGGUUUUUAAGUCGCUGACUGGGCAUCUCCCGGCCCAACGAGUGGUACCCAACAGUUGGAAUCACCUCAAGGGUCUUACGUUAGCAGAUCCCCAUCUCUACGAGCCCGCUCCUAUCGAUUUAUUGUUUGGAAGUGAUGUUUGCGCCCAAAUACUGCUACCGGAAAUAAGAAGGUCUCCGGAUAACAACGCACCGAUAGCGCAAAAUACGCAUUUAGGGUGGAUCGUGUUAGGGAAAGUUCCAGAGGAACUUCCCCGGCAAAUUCGAAGUUUCGUGCAGGUUACCGACCUCGGAAUUCAGCUACAGAAGUUUUGGGAGAUGGAAGAAACGCCGUUCCAGACACAUGAAACCCUAGACAACAUUGUUUGUGAAGAACAUUUUGAGAGGAAUACGACACGUUUACCAGACGGGCGUUACCAAGUCAGCUUACCGUUCAAAGAAGGCCUUCCAGCGAUGGGAUCCAGCCGUCAAGGAGCUACUCGACGAUUUCUCCAUCUCGAGAAAAGACUUGCUGCAGAUCCUAAACUUUGUGAGGACUAUUCAAAGUGCAUAAAUGAGUACAUCAAGCUCAAACACAUGGAAGAAAUAGAUGAAGAUGACACGGUUUUGGCGACCCCUUACCAUUAUUUUCUUCCGCACCAUGCAGUUUUUAAGGAAGCGAGUUCCACAACAAAGCUGAGAGUGGUGUUUGACGCAGCUUCUAAAGCUUCGGAUGGGAAAUCCCUCAACGAACAUCUUCUUGUAGGUCCAAAAUUGCAGACCAAUAUCAUUGAUCUUGUUCUCAGAUGGCGUACUCAUCGAGUUACUUUUACGGCAGACAUUGAAAAGAUGUACCGUCAAAUUAUGGUUAGUUUCCCAGACCGAUACUUUCAGCUAAUUUUGUGGAGGGAACAGAAAUCUUCGCCGAUUAAAGUCUUCAAAAUGAACACUGUCACGUUUGGUACAGCGAGCGCACCAUAUCUUGCGAUUAAGGUUUUGAAGAAACUAGCCGACGUUGAAAGUCAGAAUUUUCCCGAAGGGGCGAAGGUUGUCCGUGAGGACAUGUACGUUGAUGAUCUGAUCAGUGGAGCAGAUUCCAUCGAAGAAGCCAAGAGGAAACAACAUGAAGCCAAGCAGCUCUUAGCGUCUGCGGGAUUCAACCUGAGGAAAUGGACGAGUAACUCCAAGGCUCUCCUGGAAGACAUCGCUGCCGAGGAUCGAGAACUCGAUUUUGAACUCCCGUUUAACACCUCAAAUCAUGUCAAGACACUAGGCAUCAAGUGGUUUCCACUUGACGACUACUUUUCUUUUCAAAAUCUGCAAGUUUCACCAGAAGACAUCACAAAACGGUCAAUGUUGUCCACCAUCGCUAAGCUGUUCGACCCACUCGGGUGGAUAUCACCCUGCAUCAUCACGGCGAAACUAAUGAUGCAACGCCUCUGGGAGCAUGGUUGUGAUUGGGACGAUCCAAUUCCUACUCCCUUAAAGACGGAAUGGGAAGCUUUUCAACGCGAACUUCCUCUCAUCGAACGAUUGCGAAUUCCGAGAUGGAUCGCAAAAAGCCCAUCUAAUAAGGCUGUCCAACUUCACGGAUUCUGUGACGCCUCCAUGAAAGCUUUCGGUGCAGUAGUCUACAUUCGGGUCUUAGACACGGACGAUCGAAUCCUUACCAGCCUGCUUCUCUCAAAAACAAAAGUAGCACCAAGUCAGCGAACCAUCACGCUGCCUCGCCUGGAACUCUGUGGAGCUGUUCUUCUGUCGCAGCUACUUAGUUACACCAAGGAUAUCUUGGCCAUCCCCGAUGUCGAUAUCUACGCGUGGACUGAUUCGAUGAUAGCGUUGGCAUGGAUACAAGCGUCACCAGCAAAAUGGACCACAUUCGUAUCCAAUCGUGUAUCCGAAAUUCAGCGGCUUAUACAGAUCGACAGCUGGGGUCAUGUUGCAACAUUGCAUAACCCAGCCGAUCUAGCGUCUCGAGGUGUAUUUCCGGCUGAACUGGAGUCAUUGGAUAUGUGGUGGAAUGGACCUGAAUUUUUAACGCGACAAUGGGAAUUCGAUGCUCCGCAUCAACUCAUCGACAACGACACUGAAGAAGAAAAGAAGGAUAAAAGUAUAGUGAAUGUUUUAAGUAUCAAUAUCACUCAUGGCGAUAAAAUCUUGCAGGCUAUUCACGACUCUUCCAGGUUGCUCAAAUUACUUAGAGUCGUCGCCACCUGUCGUCGUUUCACAAUAAAAUGUCGACCUAAGCUUGGUCCUAUCACAGGUCCAAUCAAUCCUAAAGAAUUAGAUGCAGCACAUCAAAUAGUGGUCAAGGCAGCACAGAAGGAGAUGUUUGGAGAUGAGAUUCAACAAAUUCUUGGAAAUGCCAAAAUUCCAAAGAAUUUACUUUCGUUAAACGCAUUUCUUGAUUCUGACGGAAUCUUACGAGUCGGGGGACGUUUAGCAAACUCCCUCCUUUCCUACGAUGCCCAACAUCCGAUACUGUUGCAGAGCAACCACCAUUUUACGAGUCUGGUUGUAAGAGAUGCUCACAAGCAAACUCUACACGGCGGAAUCCAGCAAAUGAUUAAUUACAUCCGACAACGAUAUUGGAUAGGACAGAUUCGGCGAAGCGUCAAGCACCAGUUGCAUAAAUGCCCUUCUUGCUACCGGCAAAAGGCAUCUGAAAUGCAACAACUGAUGGGAAACUUACCUGCCGCUCGAGUACGCAUAUCGCGACCAUUUAGUCACACCGGUGUUGACUAUGCGGGACCAAUCGAGAUAAAAGCCUGGAAAGCCCGUGGAGCAAAAAUACUAAAAGGCUAUUUCGCAGUAUUUAUCUGUUUGGCACCCAAAGCCAUUCAUCUCGAAGCAGUAUCAGACUUAACCACCCAAGCAUUUUUAGCAGCAUUCAAACGGUUCACUGCCAGAAGAGGAAUUUGUAAGCAGAUCUAUAGCGACUGCGGAACUAAUUUCAUCGGUGCCAAUAAUGAACUGGCAAAAAUGAUGAAAGAAGCACAACACGACUGGAAGCAGGUAGCAGAACUAUUGGCAAAUCGCGGUACAGAUUGGCAUUUCAUUCCCCCAGCUUCUCCCCAUUUCGGUGGCCUAUGGGAAGCGGGUGUGAAGUCUGUCAAGUACCAUCUCAAACGAGUCAUUGGAAUUGAGAGGCUUACCUUCGAGGAGCUCGCGACGCUUCUAUCACAAGUAGAAGCUUGUCUGAAUUCGAGACCUCUAUGCCCACUAACCGAUAGCAUCGAUGAUUUGAACGCACUAACUCCAGCACAUUUCUUAGUCGGAGAAUCUUUGCAUGCAGUACCACAAGGUGAAACAGAAACAAACAUUACACAUAAAGAUCGCUGGAAACGAGUUCAGGCAUUAUCUGAAGUAUUUUGGAGACGAUGGAAUUCUGAAUACUUAUCUCGGCUUCAACAACGCCCAAAAUGGACAAAAAUACAAGAAAAGCCGAAGAUAGGAGAUUUGGUUCUCUUGAAGGAUGAACGACUUCCACCAACACAUUGGAAUAUGGCGCGAAUAGAACAAACCCACAGCGGGUCAGACGGUUUGGUACGCGUUGUCACGCUCCGCACCAAGUCUGGACAGUUUAAACGACCGAUUACUAAAAUUUGCCUUUUACUUUCAAACAAAACCACGGAACAAACGAGUCUAAUAUAA